AUGAGAGUAUAUUCAAUAAUAAUAAGUUUGAUAGUUGGGAAUUAAUAUGCUUAAUUAAGUGGACAGAAUUAAAUGAUAUAUGAUUUUAUGCUAAUUCUUACAGUAAUAUUAGUUUGAUAAUUUAGCUAACCUAAUCCUUUUAGACUAUGAUUAAUUAAUAAGCUAAUUCUCUAGUGUUGAAAAAUCAUUAAUCAGUGUCAUUUUAUUAAUAAUAUUAUUAAAGUUAUCUAAAUUAAAGAUCGAAUGAUAAUAAUGUUGUGAGAUAUUUAUAUUUGCAUCGAUAACAUAAAAUGAAUUGUUAACUGUUAAGAUGUCCAUGUAAAUAAGAUAUGCAAUUGAUGUCAUAAGAAGAGAUUAGUUUAAUUAUUAACUUAUAUUAUAAGAAUCUCUUAUCAUAGAAAUUUUCAGAAGUCCAUGUUCUAUAAUAUGUUUUGAUUUAGAUAGAUAUAUCAAAUAAUACGAUAUAAGCUCAUCAAUCAAUAUUAAAUUAAAAGAAAAAUGUACAAAAUGGAUACAUAUUACAAAUCUUUGAAUAUUUAGAAUAAGUGUUGUAAGAGAAAUUAAUUGAGGAGAUGUAAUAAAAGUAACAAGUUAAAUUUAUUGAAGAAAUGAGAUUAUUAAAAUAUGAAGGAUUUGUUGUUCAAUAAGAAUUACAAAAAGUACUUAUAGAGAAAUACAAAUUUUAUGAAUCACUUAAGUUACUUAGUAUUUAGAACUUUUAAAAACUUUAUGAUUCAUUAUAUAAAUUAAAGAAUUAAGUUUAAGAUUUAAUUAAAAAAAGCAAAGAUUUAUAAAUUUAUGAUAAUUCUAAAUUGAAUAAUAUAUUUGCACUUCGUAUAUGCCAUUUGAUAUCUUUUUUGACUUAAAAUCUUAGAGAAUAAAUUGAUAAUUAGAUUAGAAUAGAUGAAAUCAUUUAGAAUGAGAUAUAUAAAGAGGAUGAAUUUACAAAUAUUGCAUUUACUUCUAAUUUUGCUAUAAGCUUAGUUGCUUCAUUGAAUGAAAAAGAACAAGGAUAAAUUACAUCAAAAAUAACUACAAAACAAUUAUAAUUUUUAGAAUUAGAUGAACAUUUUGUGUUAAAUUCAAUAUCUUAAAUCUUGCAUGUUUCAUUUAGAACAUCUCAUUUAAAAUUAAUAGAUUAAUAUAUACAAAAAGGAAAAUAAAAAAUCAUUGGAACUCAAAUAGAUACCAUGAUCAGUCCAGAUAAUAAUACAAUCAUUCCUAUAAAAAUGAUUCUAUUUCCUUAUUUUCCUAAAUAAAAUUUGAAUAAAUAUCAAUUGAUUGCUUAUUUAUACAAAAUUAAAUAAAAAAAUAAUGCCAUUAUAUUAUUGGAUUAUAAUUUUAAUCUAAUGUGUUCAGAUAACAAAUUCAAACAACUUAUUAAUUAGUAUUAAUUGUAACUUAAUUAAAUUAAUGUAUUUUAGAUGAUACCCUAAUUAAGAGAAAAUUUAAUUUAAUUUCAUAGUUCAACAAAUAAUGCUAAACCACUAUAUUUUUAAAAUCAAUUAAUUUAAAUAAUGAGUAGAUUUGCAAGAUUAAGUAAUAGUAAAGUUUGCAAUAUCUGUAAGGAUUUGUAUCACAAUAAUUAAUUAGAAAAAUUAGAAUAAUUUAAUAUAUCUUCUGUUAAUUCUAUGUCUGUUGAUAAAAUUUCAUAAAUUGAUUAUGAGAUUUCUCUUUAAAAUAUAAAUUAUGAAACUGAAGAUGGUCAAGAAUACUAUAUUUAUUAUAGAAUUGUAAUUGAUUUAUCAUAGUUUGAAAGUGAAUCAAAAUAAAAGAAACACGAUAAUUAUGAAGAUAAUACAAAAGAGUUAAUAAAAAAGUAUUAUAUGUUAAUUUAUUAUAAAUAGAAAAAAUAAAAGUAAAUCAAAAUUAAAUGACAAUAUUGUUAGAUCAUUACAUUCUAGAUAAAGUACUGCAACUAUUGUUAAAUCAUCAGAUGAUUUAUUAAUUUACAUUGCUUAAAAAACACUUCCAACAGCAAUUAAACAAUUUAUGGCUCUUUCUUUAAUAAAUAUGUGUAUUUCAUUAGUUGGAUUAGUUGUUAUUUACAUAUUAUUAUUAUAAAAAAGGAAUGAAUAAGAUGUUUGUUUUAAUAGAUUAUACUAUGGGACAGAAUUCUUAGAUUAUUAUGGUUUAAUUUUGAAAGGUAGUCGACAUACAGUUUUUUAUAGAGAUUUUAAUAAUUUUAUUCCAUAUAAUCAAACAAUUAAUAUAGAUUAAGAUCAUUAAGUUUAAAUCACAACAAGUGAAAAAAUUUAAUUUACUCUAUAGCUUUAUAAAGAAAAUUGUUAGAAUCUAAUAAAUUUAUAUGAAAAUUAUAAAUCUGUUUUAAAUAGUUAUUAAGAAGAGAAGCUAAUUAAUUUUAAAUUUGUAGAUUAUCAAGUUUAUUCAGUGCGAACUUAAGUGGUAUAAACACAAGCAGCUUAUUAUGAAAUAAUGAAUUAAUUAUUUUAUUUAGCAAUAAAAACCUUUGCUGGUGAUCCUUCCCUUUAUUUAAAAGGUACUUUAGAUACUUUUCCAUAAAUUAAUACUAGAUCUAUUUUAUUCUUAAAUUUUAAUGAUGUUUGUGAAAUUACUUAGGAAUUUAUAGAGGCAUGUCUAUAAAAUAGUUAAGAAUAUAAUAAUAGAUUUGAUAAUUAGGUUUAAGUUAUCUUUUAUAUCUUUUAUAUAGGAAUUUUAGUUUUUUAUGUGAUUUUAAUAAUGACUCUUUCAAGGAUCAUAUAUAAGAUCAAAUAAAUCUUAUAAAUAUUUUAAAGGUUAGAUAAUCGUGAUAUUGAAGAGGAAUUAUAAAAAUUAGAAUUUGUUGGUUAGAAUAUAAAAAAUGAAGAAUUUUGGUUUAAUAGUAAAUUUUUUUAAAACUUUUAUGAGAUGAGUUAAGAUUUAUCAAAAACUUAAGGUUAAGUUUCUUAAAAUAUAAAAUUAGAUGAUUAAUUUAAUUUACCAAUGUAUUACAUAAUGUAAACAAUAAUUUUAGUUUUACUAAUAAUUUAUUUUGUGAUUUUUUAGAUUCAAUAUAAUAGUUAUUCGAAUUAAAUAAAUCCAAUAGUAAAUACAGCAUUAUCAGGUAUAUAAAUAAGAUUACACUUUAUAAAAUUUAUAAAUAAUUGGGAUAGUUAUAAUUUUAAGACUUUCUAUAACAAUUAUAUAGAAGUGAAUAAAAACACUGCAAAUAUAAAUGGUAAUAUUCGAGGCAAUAAUAAAAUUCUUUAAUUGUUAGAAUUAAAUUAAAGUGAAAUAACUUAAUCAUAUUUGAAUUUGGUAUAAGAGCCAUUCACAACUAUAACAAUAGAUUUACCUGAUAAUGAAAAAGCAUCUUUAUUAUUAGAUGAUAUUUGUUUGCUUGUCGGAUGUGAUACAAAAAUUGAAUUAUUUAAAGAGAGAUUUCUGAUUCAUGAAUUGAGUGAUUUUUUUGGAGUUGGAUUGAUAUAAUUGUAUUAAUCAACAUUUUCAGCUACUUAAAAAUUGGGAUUAAAUAAUGAGAAUGAAACUAAAUAAUAAUUUCUGAAUAAUUUUUUGGAUGUAGUUUUUUCAAGAGAAUACUUUAUGUAUAUAUUUUGGGGUUUAGAUGCCACUAAUUUUUAAUUGAGAUUGUUUUCUGAUUUUUUUAUACAUAUAGCCAAAGAUAAAUUGACUUCUCAGACUUAAAUUAUUAUGGUUCUAUUAUUUAGUUUAGGCAUCUUUAUUUCGUUGUUAUUAUUUAGUAUAAAUGGAUUACUAAUUCAUUAAAUUAUUAGUAAUUAUUUUUCGAUAAGAUUUACAUUAAGAUUUAUUCCAAUGAAAGUUAUGAUUAAUAAGAAUAUCAUCAAGUAGAUUAAAUUAAUUAUUUGA